AUUUACCCGGGGUAAACGAUAUACCGGUGGAGGAGUGGUUGGGGUUGAAUUCGAAACAGAUGCAUUUGCAUCGAUUAUUAAUGUUUCAACAAAUAUUUCAAGUUGCAGUAAAAAUAAUGCGGCUGCUUCUUUAUCAGUGAUGCCAGAAUAA